AUGUCAGUGAAAGGCUACUUGGUGGUGAUCAUUGCCCUCAUGGCUCUCCAUGUAAGCUUGGAUGUGUACAAGUACCAACAGGAAAUUGAGCUGAUUGAUCGAAAGGGGGUAUCAGCUGCAAAAUCCUCGCCUGAACCACGCGAUUUACUCAUGGCAGUGGGAAGUAGUCGGAGUGCUCGUACCGCUACAGUUGUUGCCGAAGAUUCAUCCAAUACAAAGGGGACUGUCUUAGAUAUCAUCCCGAUGCAGUACGACGAUGAGCGCAACGAGACAACGGCAACAGGAGCACCGACAAAUCUGGCAGACAAAUUGACCUUUCCGCCUGCACUAGGCACCAACUUCCAGCUGCGAGUUCCCUACAAUUUUUCACACGUUUUCUUUGUGGGUGGUCACUGCAAUAUCACUGGCGAGGAAGAAUGGGUGCAGAAUGAUUGGUACACAAGAUUUGCUGCUGCAGGAAUGGAAACUCUGGGAGUGCCACCUGAAAACCAAAUCUGCUCCAAUGUGAAGAAUGAUGCUUACACCAGAGAUUUUCACGUCGAAGCAUUGAGAAAAGUUGAAACUCUCGCGGGGGACGAAUUGAAUCAAACUCUGGUCAUUACUGCCGCCAUUCGCUUGGAAUCAGACUGGUCACCAGUGGCAGAUUUACUGAGGAGAGGAAUGGCCUUCUUCCACAUGAAGGAGGAUCCACAAAACUUUGAUCUGCAGGAAUUUGGGCUCGACCUUGAGCGUGUCUUAUACUUUUACUUCCGAUGGGAUGAAGCGGGCUCUGCCAUAAAGGCAGGACGAGAGCUCUGUCGUCUCAAGAGGGGGGCACAUCAGCUCAAGGCGGCCAAGCUAUUGACAGGGUGGCGCGGUGAAAAAAUUGAUUUCCGAGUCGAUCUUGCCAUUGAAGCAUUCAAAGAAAACUGCCCGAAUAGUGCAGUAAUUGAUCUGUGGGCAGUGUACGACAAUCAGAGCGAUCAAGCUUUGAGGACGACACUAAUUUUCAAUCCCUUCCCCGAUAUAAUCUUUACAGCACAAGAUGCAGUUGCUAGGCGCAUUAUCGACAUUGCACAAGACGCCCUGCCGCCUGAUCAAUACCGGCGCAUUGCUACCACAGGAUGGGAUAACAUCGAAACACAAUUACUGGAUGAAUUCAAGAUCUUGACCACAGUUGACCAACAGGUUCAUGACCCCCAUAAAGGCGUCUGGGGGGUGCUUGAGACUGUUCUUGGAAUUGCGCAAAGCACUGGUCUCAAUUCUACAGCGUCGGUGCAAAGAGAACUGGACCUUGGAAACAGUCUGACUAUCACAGCCGACACUUUGUUUAUCCCUGCACACCGCGUGGGGUAUCUGCAAAAUUUGGUCCUGGAGGGGUACAAUCCUAACUUCUCGCCCUUCACAAGCAACCCAGUGUCCAGCGGAAUUCUGAACACAACAAUUGCAAUGAUGGACCCAUUUGAGGGCAAGUUUGAGGCCAUUUUUGUGCUCCACACAUCCUGGUACGACCCCCGACUUGAGUGGAAUCGUGAUGUUUAUGGUGGAUUUCUCGCACUGGAUAAAGCAUCCAUUUGGACUCCAAGUGGGAUUUACUUUCAGAAUGAGAUUGGUUUUGAUUCUUCCCAGAUUCUGCAUGAAUCUCUAGCAAUGGUGUCAAAUGAUGGCAAAGUACGAUUGGAAACGACUAUGCAUGCCAUGUUUCUUUGCCGAACCAUGGAGGAGAUAAGACGGUAUCCUUUUGAGCACUACCAUUGCUCCAUGAACUUGGCAGGUUCCAUGCAACUCACCCUGGAUGAUACCAUUGGAUUUGAUGUGGUACAAAGCGACCCACAUUUUGAAACAACAAUUUCAACUAUGAUGUCAAGUAACCAACAGAGUGCAAGUGGAAUUGUGUACUACAAGCUCGCAUUCCAGCGCCGUCCUUUUGGUGUGUAUGUGGGUGUUGUUCUCCCUGGCAUUGUCAUCAACAUGAUUGGAUUCAUGGCCUUCUGGAUUCCAGGAGUCGAACAAUCUGUGGCCUUGGGUAUUGCUGCCCUCCUCUGUGCAUUGACCUACCGUACAGCCCUGGAUAUUCCUGAUGUGGCAUCAGCGACCUGGGUUGAGGUCUUCAUGAUGAUCAACAUCAGCUACCUGGGGUCAGUAAUGGUAAUCAUUUGGUGCUCCUUUGGCAGCAGUGCCAUUCUGGGCAAGUACAUCAACAAGUGCUGUAAACCAAUCCACCCCAAGAAUGUGGCGAAAGAAGCCAAGUCUCUUGCAAAAUCAAUGUCGCGAACGCACAGUGACGAGAAAACCCGAGUGGUAGAGAGGGUUGUGGAGACGCCAAACGAUACGAAACAAGCAACCAUAGGUUCUCAAAGCAUGCAACGACAAGGAGAAUUGCACAGAAAUGGUAAUAAGGCACAGGAGCUUUCGGCGCUGUCAGCACAUUCAGCAGACAGAAUUUAUGAUUCAGACUCUCAUCACAAGUGGAACAAAGCCAGCGCAGCACUUCACCAUCCAGAAGAUCCUGCCGAUAGCGAUUUGGAGUCUGAUGGGCCUCCAAGAGAUGACCACAACCAGCAAGCAUCAGGGAUCGAGAUGAACAAUGGAUAUCGCACCAAGUUGAAGCGAUUUGUCAGUGAGAGAGUCCUGGGCAAAGGUGAGGGAACGGAUCAAAACGGGAAAAGUGCAAAUCUGGACUGGAUUGGGCGCUGGUUCAUUGUUCCCAGCUACAUUAUUGUUGUGAGUUCGCUGCUGAUUCAUGGCUGGGGGUUCAAGUAG